AGUAAAGCUUCCUCCCCCAAUAGAGGAUCUUCGUUACAAAGAUGGCAGCACACAUGUGAAUGUCAGGCAAUUCACACCGAUUUACUGCAUUUUAGCUAAGCAGUCGACAACCUCGGGCGGAAUCACAAUGGAUCCUGACCAACAGCUGAGAAAUCUGCGGGAUUUUCUUCUGGUCUACAACCGCAUGACUGAAAUCUGCUUCCAGCGAUGCAGCAGCAAUUUCAACUACAGAAACCUCACCAUGGACGAGGAACGCUGUGUGGACAACUGCGCAGGGAAACUGAUCCGCUCUAACCACCGCCUGAUGGGCACCUAUGUGCAGCUGAUGCCCCGCAUGGUGCAGCGUCGCAUGGAGGAGAUGGAGAGCAAGGCAGCGGAGAACGCCAAGGCUGCAGAGGCAGCUGCUUCUGCAUCUGUGGGGUCACCGGCCACAGACACAUCAGCAGCAUCCGCACCACCACAAACACCUGGACUGUCAGGAACUAACAGCCAUGGUGAAGCUAUGAUGCCAGCAGGAUUAGAAAUUCCAAAUGAUUCUGCUGUGUCCAAAUCUACACAAGUCAAAUUAUCAGCUGCCGCACCGCUCACGCCUACAUUUGAAACAGAGUUUAAUAAGUCUGAUGAUGGACAGUCUUAUAUUUCAGGAUUUCGUCAGGCAAACACAGUUGGUGCACAAAUAGAGUCUGCAAGUUUGACAGCAUCUAAACAGACAUUGUCGGAAAGUGCACCUGUGUCGACAACUCCUGCAUCCAGAAUGUCUCAACCAACAGAGGGACUGUCAGGCCAAGUGAGAACCCCAGAUGUUUCCCCUCCACCAGGCCAGUAAGCAAGCUGAGUCACAGGAAGUCAAACUGCAACCUGACUUCCAACACAAACAACCCAAAUGUGAUGAUGUUUUAUUUGUUACUAAAAAUAGUAAAGUGAAAUAGUAAACAUCUGUUAUCUUUUAUGUUGUCAUGUCAUACAAUUUUUGGUUAUUUUCCUAAAUAAUGUUAUAAUUAGUUUUAUAAACAAAUUUAUAGUUUCCUAAAUUUAUCAGCUUCAGAAUCUGACUUAAUUUGAAUUGUUACUUUUUACGUUUUUGAUUCAUCAGUACAUGAAGAUAAUUGUUUACACUUCAAUUUGGACUUUCAGACGUCAGGACAGCUCAGUCUAAUGCUUGUGACAGUAAAUGCAGAGGUCCAUAAUAAUUAAAAAAACGUUUGAGGUGUGUA